AUGGAUUCGACACCGUCUCACAACAAACCCUUUGCUCAUAUGGCAUGCGAACGAUGGCUUCAUGCAAGACUGGAUAAUUUGCGUACUAAAAGUGUUUUCAAUCACAGGACGGAAUAUGAAUAUUUGCCGCAGAAACUGGAAAAAAGCUUUGUGGACUUCAAUGUCAAAGAGAAGAAUAUUCGUGGAGAAACCCUUAUCAUGUCAGUGAUAAGAUAUGAACUAGAUAAGGCAAAUCAGGUGCGUUAUAUAAACUUGUUAAUUCGUUCCGGAUGCGAUCCUUCCGAACCAGAUGAAAGGCAGUUACGUACACCGCUGAUGUUAGCUUGUUUGAUGAGAAACGAUACCGUUGCUCAUCAUUUGAUCUUGCAAAAUGUGAAUCUUACGGCAGCUGAUAAAAUGGGUAAUACAGUACUGAUGUAUGCUGCAAUGUACUCUCAGUCAUCCCUGUUAAACUUCCUGGUAGAAGAACUGUCCAGGAAAUGGUGUAUCGAAGCUUUUCGUACCAAAAAUCUUAUGGGUUAUACUGCAGAGAGUUUGGCGAGGAAAAAUGAACGAUACAUGUUUUCAAUGAUGCUGAAGAAGGGACGUUUACGUUUGGUGAAACGAUUGCGCGACCAAGUUUCUUCCAAUUUGAUGUUUGCACCACCGUUUAAUAAUUGGAAUAUAUACAGUAGUGUUUAUAAGGCUAAGCAGAAGUUUUUGUUGUACGCACAGCGAUAUGUGCAAAAGUCUCAAGACAAAACUUCAUCACCAAUGAGAAGUUCAAAAUCAUCAUUACCACUGUUACAUAUAUCUAUAUUGCUCCCUUGAAGAGGACAGAGGCGAUAAAACAACCUGUUAGUAUAAAACAAUAAAUGGAAGCCAAUACCUGGUCGAAGCUUGACAGGAUAUCAGUCCGGAAUGACC